AUGCCUUCCACACACCAACAAGAUAAGCCGUGGGAUACGGACGACAUCGAUAAGUGGAAGGUCGACACAUUCACCUCCAAAGACAAUGUUGGCGGCACGUUUGCGGAGGAGUCGUCAUUUGUGACUCUGUUCCCCAAAUACCGCGAAGUGUAUCUGAAAGAAGCGUGGCCCCUCGUCACCAAGUCUCUCGAAAAGCAUGGCAUUGCCUGCACAUUGGAUUUGGUUGAAGGCUCAAUGACGGUCAAGACGACCCGAAAAACGUUUGACCCGGCGGCGAUCCUGAACGCGCGCGAUCUCGUCAAGCUCUUGGCUCGAAGUGUCCCGGCUCCGCAGGCAGUCAAGAUUCUCGAGGACGGCAUGGCCUGCGAUGUCAUCAAGAUUCGAAACCUGGUGGGCAGCAAAGACCGAUUUGUCAAGCGACGACAAAGAAUAUUGGGCCCCAACGGCUCGACCCUCAAGGCACUCGAGCUCCUGACCGAGACGUAUAUUCUCGUUCAUGGAAACACAGUCUGCGCCAUGGGCGGAUACAAGGGUCUCAAAGACCUUCGAAGAAUCAUCGAGGACUGCAUGGCCAACAUCCACCCCAUCUAUCACAUCAAGGAGCUCAUGAUCAAGCGCGAGCUGGCCAAGGAUCCCGAGCUUGUAAACGAGAGCUGGGACCGAUUCCUCCCCAACUUCAAGAAGAAGACGCUCAGCCACCGUCGUGUCCCCCACAAGGUCACGGACAAGACCAAGAAGGCGUACACACCCUUCCCGCCUGCACCCGAGCAGAGCAAGAUCGACAAGCAAAUUGAGAGCGGUGAAUACUUCUUGGCCAAGGGGGCUAAGGAUAGAGCGGCCAGGGAGGAACGCAACGAGAAGCAGAAGCUUCGGAAAGAAGAGAAGACAAAGGAGCGAGAGGCCGAAUUCGUGCCUCCGGAGGAGAAUAGGCCGAAGAAGAAGCGGAAGAAGUCGUCUGAUUAA